AUGGCUGCCUUCACUGCCUCGCUGCCCUCAGCAACAGCAGCAGCAGCAGCAGAAGAUGAUAAAGUCAAGAUGCCAUAUUUGUUUAUUGAUCCUGGGGGGGAGCGGAUCCCCGUGCUGCGGCACUGCAGCAUAGACCAAAGCGACGCAGCAGCAGCAGCAGCAACUGCAGCAGGAGCAACAACUGCAGCAGCAGAAAGUCAUGAAGCAGCAGCGCAGCAGGCCUCUGCAGAGGCAGCAGCCGGCUCUGAUUUGAGCAAGGGCUUCGCUGGAAUUGGGGUUGAGGAUGUGGGCCGUUUUCGCUUAUUUUCUCGCGAGCGGCUGCUGCAGCUUUUGCCUGAAGGCUUCGCGGGUGAGAUGCACCGCGAUCUGCUGCUGAUCCCUUCCAGCUCUUCCCCCGUGGGAAUGAUGCUGCGGAAGACGGCGCUUGAGUUGCUGCUGCAGCUGCAGCACUUUGCUGACGUGCAGGAAGCCCUCUACGGCAGCAGCAGCAGCAGCAGCAGCAGCACCAGCACGGGCAGCAGCAAGGCACCGCGGCAGCAGCAGCAGCAAGCUGUGGCUACUGCGCCGGCGAGCUACGUGCUGAAUUACGUGGCCACUUGGGCGCGGGAAAAUGGCUGGCUGCUGCUGUUCGAGCCCUUCCCCAGCAAGUUUGCUGCUGACCCCACAGAGAUCAAACGGUCUGCAGCAGGCAUCUACAUCCAGACGGCUCCUGCUGCUGGGGUGGAGCGGCAGCUGCGAGAUUCGCGGCUGACAGGGGUGCUGCUGCUGCUGCUGCUGCUGUAG